UACCCGGUGAGUUAUGGCUUCUAUUCCUAUUGUUGUUACUUGCACCUCAUGUCAUAUGUUUAGCUUAGCCUUCUCUGUCAGCGGUGAGGGUUUUACAUGUGAUAAAUGCAGGGAAGUAGUUAGGCUGACAGAGAAGAUCUUAGAAUUAGAGUCUCGCAUCCAAUCUUUAUAUGAGGAUAGUAAGAGUGUUAGGACUGUAGAAAACACUUCGGAUGCGAGCAAUGUUAGCGCACACAGCUCGGUUCCGGUUGAAAAUCCCCUGCAGCUGGGAAACUUUGUGACGGUGAGACGGCAUAGUCGCAGGACAAAACAUCACUCAACCGUUCCGAAUAAAGUCUCGAACAGGUUUGCCCCGCUCAGUGACGCACCGACUGAGAAACCUGCUGAAAGUGCCCUAGUGAUCGGUGAUUCUAUUGUCCGGAACGUUAACAUAGAGACACCAGCCACCAUAGUCAAAUGUUUACCGGGAGCCAGAGCGCCUGACAUCAAGUCAAAUUUAAAUGUGCUGGCUCAGACUAAUCGUAAAUACAGUAAGAUUGUUAUUCACGUCGGCACAAAUGAUGUUAGACUCCGUCAAUCGGAGAUCACUAAAGAUAAUAUUAAAGAGGUGUGUGAGCUCGCAAAAACGAUGUCAGACACUGUAAUAUUCUCUGGCCCCCUCACUGCUUACCGUGGUGAUGAGAUUUAUAGCAGAUUAUCAUCACUAAAUGGCUGGUUGUCUGAGUGGUGCCUGCAGAAUAAUAUAGAUUUUAUAAAUAACUGGAAGAGUUUUGAGGGCAGACAUGACCUGUUGAAACGAGAUGGUCUCCAUCCCUCCUGGGAUGGGAUUUCCCUCCUCUCUAGAAAUUUGGCACACAGUCUUAAUAAUGCUAAAGUCUGACUACCUAGGGCCCAGGUCAGGAAGGAGACAGAAUGGCUUAACCAACUGUCUGCUUGCCGUCUCGCGUCACCGAAUACACAAAAUAUACAACAUGUAAAAAUCCCUUCUU